AUGUAUGCCAGUGCCAAAGCCUGGCGUUCUGGUAAAGAUUUCAAAGCCGCAAUCCCAUACUGGCAAAGUCUCUGCGAACAAAGUAGCUUGACCCUCAUGAACUUGACUUCAAUUGAAGCCAAACUUACCGAUGAGUAUAUCGAUGGGUUAUCAAAAAUCGACCCAGACAACAACAGUACAACUACUACUGGAACCAUCGAUGAAGUGGUUCUGCUCAGUCAGCAUUACUACAAGAUAGCCUAUAAGUCUUAUGUCACACACGACUAUGAAAUCUCGAAGGACAAGCGAUUUGGAUGGGCCCUGAUGGGAUAUUGGGCAAGCGAGCGAGCCACUCGUGGGACUUAUGACCCAGAAACACGUCUUGCAAUGCGGAGUGUCGCCACCAAGAAGAACCCUAUCGCAUCAGUUUAUCACGCUUUCCGUACCUAUAUCAUGACGCCGGCUACAUUUGCCCCAGCAUCUGAUAGACAUCAGCAACUUUGGUGGUCACACGCUAUCCCCAAGCGAUUCGACGCUCUGAUCGUUUUCGGAUUCUGGGCUGUCAGUAUUAUUCUUGGCUGUGUGAACUACGAGAGCUUCGUUGGCAAUCUCGAGACACCAAAUCUCUUUCAACAGAACUGGCAGUAUACCUCUGACAGAACUGGAAUUCUUUCAUACGCCUGCCUUCCUUUCCUGUGGCUCUUUAGCGGUCGUAACAACAUCUUCCUAUGGGUCACAAACUUCAAUGUCCAAUCGUUUAACAUGUUCCAUCGCCACGUCGCUUGGGUAUGCACUAUCUACGCCAUUGUUCAUUCCAUCAAUUAUACAGUCGUGUUUAUCCUUUAUGACCCUCGAUACUACUCUGCUUGGAAGCAAAACUAUUUCUAUAUGGGCGUAGUGGCCACAAUUCUCAUGUCACUCAUGCUGAUCCAAUCUAUGACUUUAUUCCGUCGACGCUCGUAUGAGACUUUCAUCAUCAUCCAUGUUGUCUUCGCCUUGGUCACGAUAUAUGCACUUUUCCGUCAUACCAACUUUGAUGGACAAGAGUUCGUUGGUUACCUCUGGUCUCCAGUUGCCCUUUGGAUUCUGGAGCGUCUCGUGCGUUUCGGACGCCUUGCAUGCUGCAAUUUGAACGUCCGAUUUGGAAAGCAAUUCCAGUCUACAACGUCCGCUACAGUUACCUACAACGAGUCAAGCGAUUUGAUCACUAUUGAGAUGACGCCAGCUGCAACGGGAUUGAAGCCAAGCAUCGGACAACACUUUUUCUUGUAUCAACCCGUCACUUUGCGAGGCUGGGAAAACCACCCCUUUUCACUCGGUGCCUGGGUGCCUGCCUCCAAAGCCGAAACUGAGGGCUCAGCUUCGACAGCUGCUGGAAACAAACUCGUCUUCUGGAUUCGUCCGUAUGAUGGAUGGACUCGUCGACUUCGCAAUCAAUGUCGCAAGGCUCAAUCCCCUAUCCACCCCAAGCUUCUUCUCGAGGGUCCUUAUUGUCAUUCCGAGCCACUGUACGCAUUCAACACCAUUCUCAUCGUUUUCGGUAGAACGGGUAUUGCCGCAGCGGUGCCGUAUCUUCUGGAUCACAUCCAGCGUGUGAAAGAGGGCAAGACCAAGACCACAAGAAUCCAACUUGUGUGGUCUGUUCGACAGCGAGAGAUCUUCGAUGAUGUCUUCAGUGAGCAGUUAGCCCAUGUUCUCGAGCAUCCCGAUAUCACAACAACACUUUUCUGUACCCGUCUUACAUCUGUGGAAGCUAAGUCGGAUUCCGACAUCAGUGCCUCCAAGGAAGUUUCCCCGACUGUUGCUUCUGUGGGCGAGACCAAAGCCUCGGGUACCGUGUCACCCACCAGCAGUGGUGCAAGUGCUCAGUUCAUGCCCGGUCGUCCCAACAUUCGGGUUACUAUUGCCACUGAGGUGAACGAAGCUCGUAAUAGUUCCACCAACCUGGGUGUUCUAACCUGUGGCCCCGCCCAGAUGGCCGACGAGUGCCGUAGUUCUUUAUUUGACGCCAUGAGGAGGGGAUUCCAGGACAUUGACUAUUUUGAGGAGGCAUUCGAAUGGUAA